AUUUUUUUAAUUUAGUUUUUCAAAUCCAUUCUCGCUUCAUAUUAGUUUAUGUAAUGCAUAUGGGUGAUGAUAUCCCAUCAUUUCGUCAACAUGUUUUUAUGUAGCGUAGAAAAAUUAACGCGCGGAUGAUAAGCGAGCCCAUGUUGCGCAUACCCGUGACCGACGUCACCGACAAAAUAUAAGGCUCAAAACGAAUCCGGAAAAUCGCAGGCUUGAUGAAAUAAACAUAAAUCCUGCGUACUUGUCAAAACUGGAACGAAUCAAACCUUAGAGAUGAUCAACUAAGACGUCCAAAUCAUAUUUCAUUGGCUUACUUUUUUGCUUCAAAGUGUGGCUUCCCAGCAAAUGUGUAUUUUCACGAGGGGAAAGUCUUGAGGUUUCCUUGGAAGAAAUAAAGUCCCAGGUGACGAACUGGCGAUUUACCAGCUGGGACAAUCGAUUAUUCAUCCUCUUUUAGGCAAUAGGACUACUUGCCUGUCUGCCCUUGCUUCUGAAAUAAAUAAAUAAAUAAUGAGAUUGGCAGGGCCAAUGCGAGCUGUGGCUGUGCUGCUAUUGCUGGGCCUCACAUGGGUGUUAGCCAGCUCCAUACUCGGAGGGGAUAGCAGCUCAUUGGUCAAACACUUCUUCAGUGGGACAAACGAGGAGCCAACAGCUGGUAUGUGGCAAGAGACCAAACCACGCAGGUACAAGUGCGGUCUGUCGGCUCCAUGUCCUCAGAAACAUCUGGCCUUCCGUCUUGUCUCUGGAGCCGCCAACGUCAUUGGGCCCAAAAUCUGCCUGGAGGAUAAGAUCCUUGUGAGCAGUGUCAAGAACAAUGUUGGCAGAGGACUAAACAUUGCUUUAGUAAAUGGGGUAUCGGGAGAGCUCUUAGACACUAAAUCUUUUGAUAUGUGGGCAGGAGAUGUAACUGACCUGUUGAAGUAUCUACGGCCCCUACAUGAGGGAACACUUGUGUUUGUAGCUUCCUUUGACGAUCCUGCCACAAAGUUGAAUGACGAGGCACGUCGUCUGUUUGAGGAGCUGGGUAGCACAGUAGUGAAGGAGCUCACCUUCAGAGACAGCUGGGUGUUUGUAGGAGCCAAGGGAAUCGAGAACAAGAGUCCUUUCGAACAGCGUAUGAAGAACAGUAAGAGCAGUAACAAGUAUGAAGGCUGGCCGGAGUCUCUCGAAAUGGACGGCUGUAUCCCCCUCCGUGCCCCCUUAGAGAAUUAAACACUCUCUGCAGGUACAUGUAUCCCUUCCUCCACUCUCUCCUAAUGAGUGCACACUCGUCAUCAUGGAUUUAACGAUGGUGGGACCCCUCCAGCCAAUGCUUAGGCCCGACACCGAUCCAAUGCUUUUAAUAACUGGGAGUGUGCAAGACAAGUGCACAUUUUGGGAGAUGGGUGGAGUGUUGGAAUGCAGACCGUUUCUAAGGACUAGCACCUUUUGAGACCCAAUGUUUCUCUGGUUCUAAGGUUAGCAGCACAUAUCUAUUUGAGAAACUGUUGCAGCAGAAGCAUGGACGGUGAUUGUUUGACUUCCUCGAUUUCCAGGCUUCGUCGCGUUCAUUCUGAUUAGUGAGACUUGGGAUGGACUGGGACCAGAAUUAUAUAUAUAUAUUUUUUCAUUGAGGCCCCUGUUAUUAGCCAAACAAUGAUCAUUUUGUGCAAAAACAACAAUUUAACCGGCCGACUGGUCUUAAGAUGAACCAGCCCAUCUGGCAUUUGUCAGAACUGCCCUAUGGCCAGUCUGCCCCUGAUGAGACUCAGGAGUAUGGUAUUGGUAAUGUAAGACAACAGUUAAGUUGGACAAAAAAAUGCUCUGUUACAAAAUCAUGGAACUACAGGCUCCUACAAUACUUUUUCUGUUUUUGGUCAAGUAACACAUGCUGCAAAGGACAUCCAUUGAUUGAUUGGAAUCUCACUGUGACGAUGCUGGAGCUCAAUAGGCUAGCUUGACUGAUGGUUGAAGCAACUGUUUGCACUUGACAUCUGAACUUGGCAUUUAUUUCAUCAUUUGAGGCCUAAUAACUUUGCUGAAAUAACAGGUGACCACAGAUAGAGGAAAGGGAUAUUUCAGAGACCAAAUGUUUGAUGACCAAAUGCAUAGAAGUGGAAAAAGGUCUAAAAAAAAUAAAUGUAAAUGCUUGAUAGAAAUGAAUAAGUGAAACAAGUAAUGUCUGUUUAAAAAAAGAAGAGGCCAGAGAACACUGCCUAUCUGAAUGGACAUUGACCAGAAUACAAUUUAGGUAUAAUAGAUAGUAAGUAGGUUAUGAGCAUUAUGUUAUUGCUGGCUGUUCUAAGAUCUGUUUUGUGCUAAAUUAAGAUUAAAAUGCAUUCAUAUUUUGUACCCUAGGUUUAAUAUAGAAAAUUAACGAUUUCAAUUAAGUUGUGGCUGUCUGCUAUAGUGCCAACUCCUUGUCAUGUCAAACAUUUGGCUUGACAAUGGGCAAGUGCAAUUGAGUUGCAAGGGGCACAAACACAUCUGGGACCAGGCUAAAGUGCUGAAAAUUCCCACCUUUUAUAGAUAACUUUCUGUGCAGCAAUCAUUGUUUGUUUAGCAAAUGUAUACAGUGUGUUUGAGUAAUCUUGUGUAUUUGACGUGGAAUAGAACUAGCCUAGUUUAGAAUCCUAAAGAAACUUGUUUUUACACCUCGUAGGCUAUAUUCAUGAAUUGUACACUAGAGUGAUGAUAUUAGUGCCUAAGAUAAAUAUUCUCUUUUGAAAUUGUACUGUUAGGUAACAACACUUUCCACGUGUCUCAGGCCUUGUCUUUAUUUUGUUAUUUGUGUAACUUUAUUUGCAUUUUCAAAGACAAUCUCUUUCCCUGGAAAAAGUUUGAUAUUUAGAAUACACUGAAAGAAAAGAAGCGAAGCAUAAUGUUUUAGGUUUUGGUCCAGAAAUAGACAAAGUGCUAUGAAACCAAGUGUACUGUAGAAUUCUUAAUAUUCAUUUUUGUGACAAACUAUUUUGUAAGUUAUUAAAAGAUCUCAAUAUUUUCUGUGUGCUGUGCGGUUUAGCCUGAGUGCCAGUCUGUGCUAUCAUGCCAAAUCCUUGUCAAUGAUUGUCAUGGCUUGGCAAUGGAGUUGGCAAGAGCACAUACAGAUCUGGGACCAGGUUAGCUGUGGGUCAGUACAUUAAAAUACUACCUAGAGUGUAUUUUAUAGGCAAUCCUUUUGUGAAGUAUGAGUGCAUGUAAAGUAUGUAUUUGGCAAUUACUGUCAUGCCUUAUGGGUUGAUGUAAGACGAUAUGAAAGAUUGAAUAAGCUCAUGUCAGCUGAACUUAAAGAAGAUCAGAUCGUAUGUAUCAAGUGUUGCGGAGUAGGAGUGCUGAUCUAGGAUCAGGUUCCCCUUGUCUAUGUUGGUCCUAGAGCAGCACUCAUACUCUUUAGACACAUAACACAUACAGUACAGCCCCUGGUCCUUCCUGUCCAUGUAAUCUUGUGAAUUAUGCUUAAAAAAUAAAUCGAUCAGGACUCAGACGCUUGAUACAUGCAGCAACCCUAGACCUGUGGGAAAUUGUUCAUGUAUAAUGCCGCAUCAUGCUUCAGUCUUGCACUGUGCAGCGACAGCGGUCAUUUCAUUAGUACACCAGGGGGCGCCAAAAUACUUGUUCAUUUUGCACUUGAGCCUCUUUAUAGAUGGGUUGGUUGUUUAGCAACAAAACCAACGCGUGCGCAACUAUGGGACAAAAGACGGUUGUCUUAGAUAUAUGUAAACUAUAUUUCGUAUCCAAUGUUUGAAAUUAACUUGCACUUGUCUCUCAAAUAAAUCGUUACAGUUGGUUGAA